AUGGGAAAUUAUCGGACACAAAUGAAGCUUUAUGGUUGUCCAGAGCUUGCUGUAAAUUCUGUAAAAAACAAGGCAAGGGAAGGUGACAGUGUCUACCCAGCAAAAAAUGUGAAAAAGGCAAAGGGGGCCGAGGCAAACUACUUACCUGAUUUACCUCAGGGUGAGACACCAGAAAGCCUUGAAGCGGAUAGAGAAAAGCUUAUGAGAGAGGCAAAGAAAAGAAACAAUGAAAGAGUCAUUCGAGAACUCAUGGCAAAGACAUUUGCCUAUAGAAGGCACGAAGUAGUGAAGGAGCAGCCAAGGGUGGAGGAUUUUAUGAAGCGAUGGCCUGCACUUUUCAAAGUGAAUGAGAUUAAUGCUGAGUUCCUGCGGAUUACUACAAUCCCUCUCCAGUCCAAAUUUCUUGCACAGCUGGACAAAUAUACCAACAAACUGACAAGCAUCAUAAGACAUAAAGGAGGAGCUGCCCGCUGUAAGACUGCCAGUUUCAUUCAAGCCAUAGAUCAGAAAAAUGAUGUAAACAUCAGAAGAGAGUUUGUGCUGAGGUCACUUAUUAUUUACCUUGGUGAGGAUGACAAGGAUCUUAUCAAAGAAUAUCUGGAUACAUUAGGAGAUGAUGCUGAAAGAGAAAUGAAGACACUCAAAAUGGCCAUAUUUGUCAUCCGUAAAGAGGGUGAAGGACCCUUUCACACACCUAAAGAAGUCGCCAUUGUUAUUGAAGGUGUAGAGGUGCUAAAUGGACUACAGUCUGUUGCAGCAGCUUGUCCAAUAUUGUUUGGUCUAAUGUAUGCAAUAAAUCUUAGAUACCCUAAAGAGUUAAAACUCACUUUUGAAGUUUUCCAAAAAGUGUUUAUGGAACUGGAGGGAAAUAAGAAAUCUCCCAGAGUGCAGAGCCUAAGCAGUAAGCUUCUCAGCUCAGAUUAAUUUGGCGAUAAAUAUAUUUAUGUCCAAGUUUUAAGACUACACCACAAAACAGUUUAUUUGUAGAAUAUCAUUUGUUGCUUUUUGAAUUUGUCUUUAAACUCCUGUGAUAUUUUGCAUUGAUCUCCCUAACCAAGGUUAUAGUUGUGUUUUAGUUCUUCUAAUUAGUGUUUUGAAAGACGGCAUUCAUUGCAAUAAGUCUAAUAAAGCAUUUGAAAGUUU